GAAAAGCAAAGACCAAAUAAACAAGAGUUUAUUCUUCUCGUGUAUGUUUGUGUGCUUGUAAUCAUCAAAUACUAUUGUUAAGGAUUGAGCUGUAAUUGUUUUGUGAUUGUAAACUUUCAUACUACAUGUAAAGUAAUAAAUAAAAUAAUAGUGUGAGUGGAAGGUGUGGCUAUGUGUCCAAAUGGCAGCUUUCAGAUCUGUCGCAUUGUCACUGUCGGCGCUGUUAACACUUUUCUAUGUAGCCGAGACACAAAACGAGACCAUACAGGCCUGUGACAAUCCCGUGUAUUGUUAUGGAGAGCUUUUAGACGACAUACAAACGAUGGAAGUAUUCCAGGACUCGAAGAGAUUUGUAGAUAUGCCAAUGAGAGCCGAUCCAGAUACUGUAUUAUCUGCCUACAAUAACUUGGCUAACAUUACUGUGGACACACUAACUCAGUUCGUACAAGAAUGGUUUGACUUACCUGGAUCUGAUCUGAUGCCAUGGGAGCCUCCGGACUGGACUGAGAGUCCAAAGUUUAUUGACUCCAUUAGCAAUGAGCAGUACAAGGAGUGGGCAUCAAGUCUUAAUGGCCUAUGGAAAACAUUUGGGAAAAAAUUAAACCAGUCAGUAUACCAGCAUUCAUCAAGACACUCACUAUUGGCGGUCAAUAAUCCUUUUAUAGCACCUGGUGGAAGAUUUAUUGAAUUCUAUUACUGGGACUCCUACUGGAUCAUCAAAGGAUUACUUCUAUGUGAAAUGUUCAAUACAACACAAGGAAUGAUUAGAAACAUGGGUAGCUUGAUUGAAAGGUAUGGCUUUGUCCCAAAUGGUGGUAGGGUAUAUUAUACUAAGAGAUCCCAGCCUCCUCUUCUAACGUGGAUGGUGUACAGUUACUAUGAGGCAACGAAUGAUACCGGGUUUGUUAAGGAGAUGCUACCAAUGCUGGACAAAGAGUACCAGUUCUGGAUGACCAAUAGAUCAGUAUAUGUACCAGGCUGUGAUUGUACUGCUAAUAGAUAUGCAUCCACUGCUAAUGUCCCAAGGCCAGAGUCUUAUAGAGAAGAUAUAGAAACUGCUAGUGAAGUAUCUGAAGAGCUACAGCCCGAGCUUUAUUCAAAUAUAAUGUCAGCUGCUGAGUCUGGCUGGGAUUUUAGCUCAAGAUGGCUCUCAACCAGCGGACCAAUGGCGGGUCAGUUGUCUUCGAUGAGAGCCAAGAGUAUAAUACCAGUGGAUCUCAAUGCUAUACUUGGAGCUAAUGAGAUAUUGCUGUAUAAGCUCCACAGAAUCACUGGUUUUGAUGAUUUUGCCGAAGACUAUGCUAGUGCCUGGACUCGACGACAUUCUCUCUUUGAGAACCUUUUAUGGGCGGAGACAGAAGGACUCUAUAAGGACUGGUCACUGGAAGAAGGGUCCCACCUCAAUGCUGUAUAUGCUUCAUCCCUCACUCCAUUUUACACUUACUCACUUGAUAAGUCUCUCUUUAACAACACUAAAGGAAGACUGACACUCGGUCGAUUGAAAUCCCUUGGUUUCCUUGGUUACCCCGGAGGACUCCCCACGUCUCAAAACAGCACCGGACAGCAGUGGGACUUUCCUAAUGCCUGGGCUCCUCUCCAGUGGUUUCUAGUGAAAGGAUGGGAAGGAGCCGACGACCAGGAACUGAACAAGGCAGCUAGAAACCUCACAGAGACUUGGCUGAGGUCCAAUUAUCAAGCAUGGAUACAAUACAACCACUCAAUGUUUGAGAAAUAUAACUGCACAGCGUCAGGUCAGCCAGGAGGAGGCGGUGAAUAUUCAUUACAAUCCGGCUUUGGUUGGACUAAUGGAGUCGUACUUGACUUGCUCAGUUCAUAUUAUACGACAAACCCUCCCACAGUCACUACCUCCUCACCAUCACGAUCUCCUUACCUCUGGUUCAUAGCUCUCGUCCCCAUCUCUCUAUUCCUACUAGUGACUCUGUUGUGUAUCUGUUGGUGUCAUUACUUGUAUAGAAACGGAAAGAGACGAUACUGGGAUCGCGUGAGACAUGAGCAGCUGCUACAUUCCAGUGGAAGUAGUGAACCACAGUCCCCCAUGGUGUUCUCUAAUCAAGACGCUAUUGAUGAUAAUGAAGACGGUGGUGCCAUUAUUAAUAAUGUAUACCGUCGGUCGGAUGUUUAGUCAUGUGACUAUCAUGUGAUGCCGCACUCAACUGUGCAUACGUGUCUCCUUAUCACGUGACGUUCACUUUUAUUCAAUUCUCCCUUUUCUUUCCUUCUCAAUUUUUUAUAUUUUGUCCUUUUUAUUUUUAAUUUAAAUAAUCAUUCUAUACAUGAUUUAAUGUA